AGAUAUUUCAAUGUCUUCAGAUAAAUCGUGCACCCUGUAUAUUCGAACGAGGUUCAUUCGUCAUUCCGCAAUCAUUGCGCAAAUUCUCGCUGCAGUUUGUUAAAUUAAUAGAUCUCACCCGGGGAGAUCUGAAUACUUGGUACUUUAUUACAACAUAUUUCGUAUCUAUCUCGUGAUAACGAUUCACUGAUAAGUGGAUUGUAAAUAAGGCCGAACGUCGCUCGAUUAAUUCGUAUGAUCCAAGUAGCGUCUACGAAAUGUGUGUCGAUUCUAAGUGUACAGUUUUAGUGACCGGUUUCGGUCCAUUUGAUAUACACGUGGUGAACGCUAGUUGGGAAGCAGUGAAGGAAUUAGAAAAAUUAUGGAUAAAUGCCAAUGAAUUCUCUGAUGUUAAAUUAAUCACUGAAGAGAUCCCAGUCUCAUACAAUUAUGUAUCCACACAUAUUCCUCUGCUUUGGAAGAAACAUAAUCCUAUGAUUGUUGUACAUGUAGGUGUAUCACACAAGGCUGAAUGUUUGACGAUAGAAUGUCGAGCUCACAAUAAUGGCUAUCAAAGGAUUGAUAUACAUGCCAAAUAUCCUGAUGAAACAGAUAUGGAGUGCAAAAUUUUGGAAACUGGAAUAGAUACGAAUGAACUUUGCAAUAACAUAAAUAAAAAUUCCACAAAAAGUGGCUAUAAAGCCUGUAUUUCAUGUGACGCUGGCAGAUACCUGUGUGAAUAUAUAUUCUAUCAAUCUCUUUUGAUUAAUCCAACAAAGACCUUAUUUGUUCAUGUACCUGAUUUUAACAAAUAUACAAGUGCACAGACUGCUAAAGGUUUAUAUGAUAUUUUAUGUAAUUUACUAAGAAAUUCUAAAUAUAGAUAAUAAUUUUGAUUU